AUUUUUUUUAUCAAAAUGGGGAAAUAUGUUUUUGUUAGUUAAUUUGACUCCCAAAAUACACAGUUUUUCAUCCAUCCGUACACAACCUGGUCCAUUUCUGUCAGGACCAGCAAAUACAAGAAACCUUUUCUCCUUUUCUCAAUCUGCUUUUUUCAUAUCAAUAUCCAAAGGGCCACAAAAAAGAAUCCAUCCUCAUCAUCAUCUUGAAGCCAUUUGAAUAUCUUAAUCUCUAUGGGUGAUUACGUUCAUGACAAAGAAAACGAACAUUGAUGUGAUGUGUAAGAAAAAGCUACAGUUUUGAGAAGAUAAUUCGAUUUUGGUGGUGUUUGUUUGCUUUUAGGUUAAAAUGGGAGGAGGAGGUAGGGGUCUAGAUGAAACCGCAACAUGGUCUGUAGCCCUGGUUUGUGCAAUCAUCGUUAUAAUAUCGAUCUUGAUGGAAAAAGCUAUUCAUCAUGUUGGACAUCAUUUGAAACAUAGAAAUAAAGAGGGACUGCUUGAAGCACUGGAAAAGAUCAAAGCAGAGCUUAUGAUUCUUGGAUUUAUAUCUCUGUCGUUGACAUUUUGUCAGAACUCGAUUGCUUCCAUUUGUGUUUCUAAAAUACUUACGAAAGAUUUCUUGCCAUGCAAAAGAAAACCCGAUGGUAAAGAACCAGAAGAUGACGAUGAUGAUGCUGAAGAUGCUCGUCGCAGGCUUUUAAUGUAUGAUACUCAUCGAAAAUUAGGAGGCGGAGAACCCGUAGAAUGCAAACCCGGAUAUGAGCAGCUUAUAACAGUUACAGGAUUGCAUCAACUCCACAUAUUCAUUUUCUUUUUGGCAGUUUUUCAUGUUGUUUAUAGUGCCCUCACUAUGAUUUGUGGAAGAGCAAAGAUCCGUGAGUGGAAACACUGGGAAAAAGAUAUCUUGCAGCAACAACAAUCCGGACACGAUCCUUCAAGGUAUCGGCUUACAAAAGAAAUAUCUUUUGUUAAAGGGCAUGCCACCAAGACCGGAUCCUCAGCCUUCUUCUACAUUAUCUGUUUUUUCCGGCAAUUCUUUACCUCUGUUGGUAGAUCAGAUUACAUGGCGAUGCGCCAUGGGUUCAUUUCUGUUCAUUUAGCUCCUGGAAGUCAAUUUAACUUUCAAAAAUACAUAAAGAGGUCACUUGAAGACGAUUUUAAACUACUUGUGGGAGUAGGUCCGUUGUUAUGGACUGUUGCGGUUAUCUAUCUGUUUGCCAAUGUUGAAGGAACUCAUGCUAUGAUUUGGCUAUCUCUAUUCCCUGUUGUUAUAAUCUUAGCAGUUGGAACAAAGCUUCAAGCCAUUAUAGCACGAAUGGCUAUUGAAAUCCAAGAAAGACAUGCUGUUGUAGAAGGCGUACCUCUUGUUCAGGUCACGGAUAAUCAUUUUUGGUUAAAGGAUCCUACGCUAAUUCUUUUAUUAAUUCAGCUCACGCUCUUCAUGAACGCGUUUGAGUUAACACACUUCUUCUGGAUAUGGUAUGAGUUCGGACUCUUCUCUUGCUUUCAUCAAAAGCCUCUUCUUCAACUUGUUAGAGUUUUAAUUGGAAUUAUAGUUCAAGUCUUAUGCGCUUAUGGCAUCCUUCCACUCUAUGCCCUUCUUUCUCAGAUGGGUUCAAAGAUGAAGAGAACAAUUUUCGAUGAUCAGACCUCGAAAGCCCUCAAGCAUUGGCAUAAACAUGCAGUGAAAAAGAAGGAUGCCAAGGGGCAAUCUGGUCAUCUUCCGACGUCUGGAAAUGCUGCAGCACAAAGUGCUGCUCCAGACGCUGCUGACGGGGGUCACGCUUCCUCGGGCCAAUCGGCUCACAUUGUGGCCAGCGUAGACAUUCCACAAGAUAAAAAGAACGCAUCAUGAUUGAUCUACCCCUAACUUGCUUUGAUCU